AUUAAUGUAUACCCAAACAACGAGAGAAAGUCUCCUUUCUUUCUAUGCCUCCGGUGCAAUUGCUGGAACUAUAUCUGUAAUGGUAUCACACCCUGCCGAUACAGUCAAGGUGAAAUUACAGUGAUCUUCUGAAAAACUCAGAGCUUCUACUAUCUGAAAAUCAAUAUGGAGAAAAAGUGGAAUCAGGGGGUUCUUCAGUGGAGCUGCAGCACCAAUAUUCUUCAGAGCUCCAAUCACUGCUUGGCUUUUUACCUCUCAUGAGAUGAUCAAGCCAAGAGUCGAAUGCUUAGGGCUAAACAAAGACUUUACCAAUUUUUCCUGUGGAGCCUUUGCUGGACUUUCACUUUUGCCGAUCAUUGUUCCAGUCGAACUCUUCAAGUGCAAAUCACAGAGUAGCACUAGCGGAACUUACAGCAUAAGAAAAGACUUUCUGAAGACUAUGAAAACUCAAGGUCCAAGAGGGAUCUAUAAAGGAGCCUUACCUACUUUUCUAAGAGAAGUUCCUGGGUCAGGUUUGCUUUUCAUGUCUAAAGACAAAUUAGAGAGGAUCUUCAGAGUUGACCAAGAGCAGUCACACUCUAGAUUGAUUCUUAAGAAGAUACUAGCUGGUGGUAUGGCAGGUCUGAUCGCUUGGUGAGGUUCGAUCCCUCUGGACACUGUAAAGAGUAUUAUCCAAACGUCUCCAAAGCAUCGUACAAUCCCAGAAGUAACCACAGAGUUGUAUAGGGCAGGUGGGAUCGCAACUCUCUACAAAGGUUUAGUUCCCCAAUGUUUCAGGAUUUUUCCUGGAAACGCAAGUCUUCUAUUGACUUAUGAAGUCUUUAAGAACUACUUGAACUAAGCAAGUUCUAUAAAAUAUACAUUUUGCCAAGAUCAAUGAGUGAUCUAGGUUUAUUUGAAUACCCACAUUUGGUUUCUGAGUGAUCUUAGAAAGUGAAAUUUGAGAAAACUCAAAUGAAUCCUUCCAAGAUGUUCGAUGAGAUAAGGUAUAACCUUGGUGAGCCGAUCACCUAGCCUACUCUCUUUGAUUCAGAUCAAAAGGGAUACAAAAGAUUCUUAUACAUCAGGAAUAACUUGGUGAAUUAAGAGACUCUCAACUAACGGCGCUAAAUGGUUUCACUUUUAUCUUGGACAAGAUGUAUCCGAUAAAUGACUAUAUUUUUCAUAAAUAUUUCGACC